UCCUUAGAAUUAAUUAAAAACUUUCAUUAGAGCCGGCCGUAGGAAACGAGUAAUUUCAUAAGUCCAGAUUGGGUGCGAUGUAUGUGAUGUUAACAACAAACAAGAAAAACGUUCGCUUGUGUAUCAACCGGCGUUUUAAUGUGCUUAGUUGAUAACCGAGAGCCGCGAGUAGCGCUCGUGCAUGCCGCACGGUCACUGCGUAACUAUCGCUCGCUCAUAUCCUGACCCAUUUCUAUUAAAUUAUUCCUAUCAAAUAAACAUUCAAAUACAAUUCCAUACAAUUUAACUCCGUGUGUAGUAUCGUUUGAAGCAGUGCGUUGAAUAACAAUAAUAGCAGAUAGUACAUUGAGAAGAAUCAACAGAAACAUCAAGAAUUGCAAAUAACAAUUGAUUCAAGAUAGGGGCUUUAAAAGAUUUAAGAUGGCAAUCGGAUGGAAGGAAAACUCAAGAGGGCAACAACAUAGCAAUACAUGUCACUCCACCCGAUGGCGAAGAAGAUGACGAGAUCGUGCCGCCGCUGCGCGCGCGCAGGAAACUGAGUAGCCCGCUCAGCGGUAUGCCCAAUGCUGAGGGUGGCCUCACUGGACCAGCACCACGUUCCCUGUCACCUCUGGAUCGUACAAGAAGACGGUUCAGCACGAUGGUGUCGAGUGCCGCCGCAGCGGCCGUGUCACGCAGGCUGUCUGCCACCAUAGGCUGGUGCCUCGCCUCGCCCACACAAGUCAAACCACAAAUAGUCCGACAAGGACGCGCCUUGUGCCUGCAGUACAUUAAAACACAAAUUCGGAGAUCAUCUAUGUGCCCUAAUAAGCAAAUUGUAAUGAAACGUGUGCAACAAAUGCUGGAGGCGCCGGCCGCCGCUAUCGCUGAUGUCCUGCACGAAGAAACAGGCUCUUGGAUUGCUGCUCAUGGGGGAUGGAAUGGUCUAAUAGAACGAUUACGUGUGAGCGACCGCGACCAACGAUCCGAGAAGACCCUGCGUGUUAUGGUGUCGUUCUUCAUAACAGCAUGUCUGUUGUUACUGCUCCUCAGAUGGGCCAACACCCUGUUGUCCUCGCCCAGAGACUAUAUCGUCGAUGACAUUUAAUUGAGUUUGUGAUAAGUGUUAUAAAAUAUAAAUAAAUAUAUUUUUUAUAAAUGUAUAUGUUACUACAAGUUAUUACGCUUAAUGAUUACUAAUAAAUAUUGUAAAUGCCAUCAAUGUAUUGUCAUUAGUAUGACUAGUUUAUAGGACGGUAUAUUAUAAAAUUAAAUUCACAUUGCUUGUACCGAUUGUAAAUGUUUUUAUCUUUUUGUUGUUAGGCUCGUUUAGCUGUAUUCGAUAUGUUUUUUACUUAAUUUAUUCUGCAUUCUAGAAAUUGCGAAGUUUCAGAAUAACAAGCUAAAAGUUGGUCUAAAUCUGCAUCAGAGAUAUUACAUUUAAAUACGUUACCAUAGACCUCAAAAUACGUUUAUCUAUUAAUCAUAUGAAAACCUUCACAUGCAAGUGGUACUGACACACAUAUUUGUUAUUCAAAUUCAGCUUCGCAAGAACUUAUACAUUCUCAUCUUUAGUGUAAGGUAAUGAAAUUUUAUGUUAAUAAAAACAGUAUGGAAAUAAAGGAUACUUUGCUAAGCCUUGCUGAAUAUCAAUACUUAUAAAUGUUCAUAACUGGAACACGUAACUAAUAUCAUAAAAAUUACAAAGGGUGAAACUAUAAUCAAAUAGAUAAGGUAUUAACAUACGUGUAUGUGCCUUAGUUUAGAUUUAAAGGUGAUAGAAUAAACUAUCUCUGCACCAAUUUUAAUUUUUCGUGCAAAUCUGUUGACUUUAUUAUUUAGGUAACAGGUUUUUAAAAACUGUUUGAUUGACAUUAAAAAAUAAACUGUUUUAUUUC